CUCUACCCCCGCAGCUUAGCGUAGCGUAGCGUCUUGGUCUCUCUCCCCAAGCCGUCUGUGAAGGACCAGGCCGCUGGAGAAACGGCCAAAUGGAUCGCUCCGGAGGCUUGACUUUCGAUGUCAUGCUGGCCACGACACAAGAACCCACGGUGAUGGAGGGAAUGCAACGUCUAGCCCGGCCAGCAGGGCAGCCAGCCUACAUGGCAACACCUGCGGAGGCGUCGGUGGAGGCAGCCCUCCCGCGACAUACUUACAAGAGCUGCACCUUCUGCGCCAAACGGAAGCGUUCCUGUGAUAGUCGGAGACCUCGAUGCAGCCUUUGCAUCGAGAAGAAUCAGCCGCACUGCCACUACCCGUUGAAACCGCUGCCGAAGCGGGCAGCAGCAAAGCCAACGGCGGCGCGACGGCUGUCCUCCUCGUCCUCUUCGUCUUCCGACUGCUCCAUUUCCUCGGGAGAUGCCAGUAAGGCCAAGCGGCUGGCCGAAGCUCACGAGGUUGCUUCGUAUGGCGCGGGGAGCGUGCUAGCGACCGUCGACACCCGGAGCAUGCCGACUGUGCGGGGUCGCAUGUCUCUCAAGAGGUGCAGGCUGAGCGCGUCACCCGCUACAGGUCUCGUGGGCAUGCAGGAGAACGGUUUCUUGGGCGCCUUUUUCGGGUGCUUGGGUAUCCUUCCCCUCACGACCGAGAGCACUGUUCGCAACGCGAUGGUGGAGGUCAUGAUGCGGCAGUGCGGCGGCCAGGCGUACUCCAGAACCGGUGGCUCCGGGAUGGAAGGACUAGCCGAGGAUGAGGAGAAGGGCUGGUGUGGCGGUGGGGCGUUGGCUCGUCGCCAUACUCUACCGGACCAUCCAGCCAAGUGCAUGAUGUGGUGCGCCAUCGCGCUGGGGGCGCUCAUGAGGGGUGUUCCGGUUGAGCGUGUGACGGGGUACGUCCAGUUGGCGCGGGAGUCUCUGGCUGAUUGCUUUGACGGGAGAAGCGUCGAACACGCCAGAGCCUACCUCAUCAUGUCCUUCUUGCACAGCAUCAUUCACGAUAAGGCAAUUGACGACAAGAACGAGCGCUAUCUGUCGUUCGCGGUGAAUAUCGUGUCCAAGCUUCGACCAGAGGACGUGCCAAAGGAACUGGGGCUAAUGCUGGUGACCACGAACAAAUUGAGGGUGUGCCCGUGUAACCCGCAGCCAGGGGACGAUCUCAGCACUUCCUGCGACGAGGCCGUGGAGCUACCCCGGGUGCGGGAGGCUCAACACCCCCUGACGCCGACGGACGUCAGCAACGCGUUCCUUGCGGCGGACAGCCUGAUCACCCGGGCCUUCGUCGCUGACAUGAUGUCGGCAGGAGCGAUUACUGCAUCGGGAGGAGGCGCGGCACCCCACGAGGAGAAUGGGGAGCCUGUUCUCGGCGGCUCCUACCGAGAGCUGGGAGGCGGCGGGGUGAUGGAGGAGGGUGGCAAACGAGAGUGGAAUGCGGGCGUGACUUGGGAGGGCGAAGAGCUAGCUAACCGGGUGCACCGUGAACCAGACGUGCCCCCGGCAGGGCCCGCUAUGAAGCUCCUCAUCCAGGAAGCUCUACCAGAGAUGACGAGCUUGGCGAAGACGCUGGAAAGUUCCGACACGUGCUCGGGCGUCGGUGGUGUUCUCUAUCACGGCAACGUGGCCUACAUGCGGGCUGUUGCCGGCGAGCUGGUCAAGGCGUUCGAGUCUCUCGAGGCCUGCGUAGACGUAGUGCUGCGCUACCCCGGGCUCGUCCGUUUCAAGUCUCAUUUGAUACACUGCAUGCUCGCUGCGAGCCACUUUUUCAAUCGGCGAGACAUGUACGACGCCAUGAAGAGGGUGUACAACUCCGUGGGUCCGAUGGGAUAUCCACAAGCCCCACCCUACGAAGAAUGGAGGACGAUUCGUCAGGUCUGCCCCCACAUCUUAUGCAGGUCACUGGAGGUGGAACUCCACCAACAUCUCGAUGAAGGUCUUGUGCAGGCAAACGCCGCUCCGAAGGACCCCGAAACGUCUGAGCCGUUGUCCGGCUUGUUCAACUCAACCCUCAGCGGAUCGGACAGUCAGAGCAGUGGCCCGCCGCCAGCGGGGCUGGCAAGCGGGGAGCAGAGGUCGCCGCCGCCGCCGCCGCCGACGGCCACAGGUGUCACUGCUGUGUCAUCACCGCUCCCCGCGCCCCCGCACACCUUCCCGACAUUCAUGCCAGACGGCGGUGGAAAUGACGGUGCGUCUGCUGGAGACAUGCCGUUGCAACCUGGCCUGGUGGCGACGGCCACGCUCAUCCCGGAAUCGGUAUACUCUGCAAAGGGUGAAGCCGGCGAUGUUCGGCAUGCCGACUGGUUGCAUGCGGCCGCUACCGGCGAGCGGCCGCGCAGUGGCACUGGCGCUCGCGCUCCAGGUAGCCCAAAGAUCGGGCUCGAGUGGUGGGGAGGAGACGUGGUGUCAGGGGAGGCGGAGAUGAACAUGACUGACGCGGAUCUGUUGGAUAUCGCGGCAGUGUUCGCGAAUGACGAGGGGCUUCUGGAAGAGGAACUGCUGUAAACUAGCUAGAAAUGGUCGUGUUGGUGGAGACGUGUUGAUAGUGGUUGGCCGGGGGUUGAUCUUUGUACGCCACGGUCUCUGGUGUUCAGAGUUUGUCGUUUUAGACUAUAUGUAUUUUUUUGUUAACGUGAUUUCGCACUCAAAGAUUUCAUGUUGGCCUACUCUUAGUGUAAGAUGCAUUAUUUUGGCCCCGGGUGGUUGUUCAUGUCAUUCGCGGAUUCGGAGUAUGAAAGCAUUGCUUGAAACAUGUUCGUGGAACUUGACGAUUUUUUGUGCUUAACAGCGCAUCUUUGUCGUCGUCGUCGCUGUCGCUGUCGUUUUUGUCGUCAUCGUAGCUCUUAGACCGGUCUGACCUCUGUCCAAUACCUCCGUUUCGAUGCUCUUCAAGGCGAAAUAACGGGUUCCCGUUGUCCGAAGCUAGCGGCAGCCCUGCUGCAACGUUUUCGUGAGGUCAUUGAAGUUCGUGCCUUUUUCUUCGUGCACAGCUCCGGCAUCGCGCCGGCACUUUGCAUGGAAUCUAAAGCCCGAAGUGAAAAGCUGAAUGCCGUUGAUACGAUUGGCAUUGCUGCUCUCAUUUUUCAGGUUCACUUCCGCGCUCGGCGUCACACGAAAGUGUGCUCGACUGUUUUAGCAACACUGGUGCCGGUCAUUGGUUGAGUUUUGUUUGAAUGGCCAAGAGGACAUCGGCACUGGAGUGGCGGGUGGGUUGACUAUAAUACUACCCCCCAUGUGUUCGUCUGGAACAGUUCUAGUUCAUACUGCUUUUUUCCAAGAGGAGCGAGCGGGUGGAGCGGGUGGCCUUUCCCACUUGCUGUAUCCAAGAACGUGUGCUUUCAUAUGGGUUUCAAGAACGCUCUGAGAAAGCCGCUCUGUUGGUCUACGAGUAGUAUGUAGAAGAUGUACGUUACCUUGUUGUCGAAUCUGUGCCGUCCCCGGAGAAAGUUCCUGGGUUCAAGCACCCGGUUCAGCGUUGUUGCAUUUUGGUUGUAUUUUUCGAAAGCGCUCGGCUUCUUCAGUAAGUCAUCCACCAUCAUCCACAAGA